UCAGCGUUUGUACAGUAUAUGGUCGGGUUUAUGCUUGAACUUUGCACUAACUCACUGUCUACAUAUAAAAGAUUUAUGACUGGAAAACAGCUUGUAAAGUGCCUGAAUUGCUUUGCUUGCUAGUUAAAAAACAGCCUACUGCAUUUCUGUUCUGAAACGGCUUUGCCUUUAAGUUCAAAGGCUGCUGAAGUUCAGUGUAACGGGGUUUUAACAAAAAGAUGGAGCACGCCACUUUCCCACCACUGCCCCUUGUUGUCAUUUGUGGUGGCACUCAUGGAAAUGAGAUGUCAGGGGUGUACAUUGUCAGAGAAAUGCAGAAACAGAAGGUAGAAAAGGCCGGCUCUGUCUCUAUAACCACUGUCCUAUCAAACCCACGGGCUGUGGAGGCUUGCAAGAGAUAUAUAGACACAGAUCUCAAUCGUUGUUUCACAGAUGCCUUGCUGAGUGGCCCCAUAACAGAUUCAGCACCAUAUGAGCUGAGGCGAGCUCAUGAGCUCAAUGCUCAGUUUGGGCCCAAAGGAAGUGAAGAGGCUGUGGAUUUGCUCUGCGAUCUUCACAACACCACUGCCAACAUGGGCCUGUCCUUAAUCUGUUAUUCCUUAGACUGGAUUACCCUACAUAUUUACAAGUAUAUACAGAGCAAGGUGACGUCUGUGCCUGUGAGACUAAUCCAACUAACUAUUCCCAUUUCUGAGGCGUAUUCCCUGGAGUCGGUGGCCAAACAUGGCUUCUCAAUCGAAGUCGGUCCUCAACCUGGUGGUGUGCUCAGAGCUGACAUCUUUAACAUAAUGAAGGAGGCGCUGGACCUCACACUGGAAUGGCUUCAGAAAUUCAAUUCUGGAAGUACCUUUGAAGGGGGUGAAGUGGAGGCAUAUACUUUGGUCGGAAACGUUGACUAUCCAAGAGACCCCAUGACCGGUGAAAUUACUGCUGUCGUACACCCCCAGCUACAGGAUAAUGACUUCAAGCUUCUCCAACCCGGGGACCCCACAUUUCUGUUAUUUUCUGGGAAGACAGUGAAGCACGAGGGUGAAGAACUCUACCCUUUCUUUGUUAAUGAAUGUGCCUACUAUGAAAAGAAGGUUGCUUUCCAAUUAGCUCGAAAGAUCACUCUGACCUUCCCGUCCAUCAGUGUAAAGCUGGACAGAUAAUACACAGAAUUUAGCGAUAUUGGCUUAUAAUGACAGAUAUAUGAGCACUACAUUUUUAAUAAUUGCAAACGAUUGAGCUAGUUUACAGCAAUGUUAACUAUUACGCAGGUCAAAUGCAAUACACUUGAUUUUGUACUUCACUAAAUUACAUUACAGAGUAUGCACUAUUCUAAGACCACUGACUAGUUUACCAUUGUUCUGAUUAUGCCCAAUACCAUGCUUGAAUAAAU